AAACUAGUUAUUGUUUUGCACGGAUUCGAAAUUUCCAAUAUUAAUUAUCUGAACAUCCUUCAUCUUAUGUUCUCCAUAAGUUGUCCUUAUAACUGUUCCGACUCUGGCUCAGUUUAGAACCAAAAGAGGUUUCUCACCAGAGACAUGAGUUCUAUUGAAGGUGCUACACAGCUUCUGGAAGAGGCUCUCCUUCAGGAUGAUGAAGAGAGUAAACAGUACACAAGAGAUGGCUCAGUUGACUACAGAGGCAGGCCCGCUAUUAAGAAGGAUACUGGCAAUUGGAGGGCUUGUCCUUUUAUCCUAGGCAAUGAGUGUUGUGAACGUUUGGCCUUCUUUGGAAUUGCAACAAAUCUUGUUACCUAUCUUACCACCAAGCUGCAUGAAGGAAACGUUUCUGCCGCAAGAAACGUUAGCAUCUGGCUUGGCACUUCUUAUCUCACACCUCUCAUUGGAGCUGUUCUAGGAGAUGGUUACUGGGGUCGAUACUGGACAAUUGCUGUUUUCUCUGUGGUUUAUUUCAUUGGGAUGUGUACCCUGACACUUUCUGCAUCUUUACCAGCAUUGAAGCCUGCUGAAUGCUUGGGUUCUGUAUGCCCUUCAGCUACUCCUGCACAAUAUGCUGUGUUCUACUUUGGUCUAUACGUGAUUGCACUUGGGAUCGGUGGUAUAAAGUCAUGUGUGCCAUCUUUUGGGGCAGGUCAAUUUGAUGAUACUGAUCCAAAGGAAAGGGUUAAGAAGGGGUCGUUUUUCAAUUGGUAUUACUUUUCUAUCAAUCUAGGUGCCAUUGUAUCGAGCAGCAUAGUUGUGUGGAUUCAAGACAAUGCAGGAUGGGGUCUUGGAUUUGGCAUUCCUACUUUGUUCAUGGUAUUAUCUGUGAUAAGCUUCUUUAUAGGCACACCUCUCUACAGGUUUCAAAAACCAGGGGGAAGUCCUGUUACAAGAAUGUGCCAGGUUUUGUGCGCGUCUGUCCGGAAGUGGAAUUUGGUUGUCCCUGAGGAUAGUAGUCUUUUGUAUGAGAUGUCAGACAAGAGAUCUGCAAUUAAAGGGAGUCGCAAACUGCUGCAUAGUGAUGAUCUAAGGUGUCUUGAUAGAGCAGCUACAGUGUCCGAUUAUGAGAGUAAAAGUGGUGACUAUUCUAAUCCAUGGAGACUUUGCCCCGUAACACAGGUGGAAGAAUUGAAGAUCUUGAUCCGCAUGUUUCCAAUGUGGGCUACUGGGGCUGUUUUUUCUGCUGUUUAUACCCAAAUGUCAACAUUGUUUGUGGAGCAAGGAACAGUGAUGAACACAAACAUUGGUUCCUUUGAAAUACCCCCAGCUUCCCUCGCAACUUUUGAUGUCCUAAGUGUGGUUUUGUGGGCUCCUGUCUAUGACAGGAUAAUUGUUCCCAUUACAAGGAAAUUCACCGGCAAUGAAAGGGGAAUUUCAGUGUUGCAAAGAGUAAGCAUUGGCUACUUCAUUUCAGUCCUGUCCAUGUUAGCAGCUGUUGUUGUGGAGAUUAUGCGUCUGCGGCUUGCAAGAGACCUUGAUCUUGUUGAUGAACCUGUUGCUGUACCACUCAGUAUACUUUGGCAAAUCCCUCAGUACUUCUUAUUGGGGGCAGCAGAAGUAUUCGCAUUCGUGGGACUGCUUGAGUUCUUCUAUGAUCAAUCUCCAGAUACUAUGAAGACUUUAGGUACAGCACUGUCACCUUUGUAUUUUGCGUUGGGAAAUUACUUGAGCUCUUUCAUUCUUACUAUGGUGACUUACUUCACCACACAAGGUGGAAAGCUUGGCUGGAUUCCUGAUAAUUUGAACAAGGGUCAUCUCGAUUAUUUUUUCUUGCUUUUAGCUGGACUUAGCUUCUUAAAUAUGCUGGUAUACAUUGUUGCUGCCAAAAGGUACAAGCAGACGAAGACUUCUUAAGAUUUUUCAGACAUCUAUUAUGAGUUGAAGCAUGUUCUGAUCAGGUUGCUUACUACACAUAUAGUGAUAUAGGUAAAUUGUUAGUUUUUUUUUUUUUUGAUCAGCAAAACUAAAUAUAUUAUAUAUAUAUGAUCAAAACAGUACCAGAGGUACUAGUACAAAGGGAUAUACAUCCUCAUAUAUAAGUUGUAAAUGACACGUUCUGUACAGUGCAAAAAUCACAUAUAUAAGUUGUAAAUGACAUCAGAUUAUUUGGGCUAAAAAAAAUUAGAAAUUUUGAUUUU